CUUCCUGCGGCCGCCUUUGCACUGACCCCGGCAUGGCGGUGAUGGGGGUGCAGGUGGUGGUGAGCCUGCUGGCCGCCAGCCUCAUGCAGAAGAUGGCCCCACACUGCUCCUUCGCCCGCUGGCUGCUCUGCAACGGCAGCCUGUUCCGCUACAAGCACCCCUCGGAGGAGGAGCUCUGUGCCCUGGCAGGCAAACAGCGACCCAAGGGCAGGAGGGACAGGAGGAUGAACGGGGUGACAGAUGACAAGCCCCUCUCCGUGCCCCGGGACAUCGACCUCCGCUUGGACACCAGCCCCAUCACCGCUGUGGAUGCUCUCGUGCUGCGGUAUUUCCUGGACUACCAGUGGUUCGUGGAUUUUGCCGUCUACUCCACCGCCGUGUACGUCUUCACCGAGGGCUACUACUGCCUGGUGGACCCCCAGAAGGAGACCAACAUCGGGGUGCUCUGGUGCCUGCUGACGGUCGUCUUCUCCAUCAAGGUCUUCUUCAUGGUGAUGCGCCAUUACUUCCGCUCGGAGGAGGGGGGUGAGCGCUCCGUCUGCCUCACCUUCGCCUUCUUCUUCCUCCUCCUCGCCAUGGUGGCCCUGGUCAUCCGGGAGGACUAUCUGGAGUUCGGCCUCGAGCCUGGUGGGGUCCUGCUCCACGGGAGUUUCCUGGCGCCCGUCCUGGUGGUGGUGAUGUGGAUCAAGCCCAUCUCCCGGGAUUUCCUGCUCCACGCCCCCAUGGGCAAGCAGACAGUGCAGAUCAUGUCGGACUCUGCCUACAACACCACACGCCUCUGGACCAUCGUUGGCCUCUGCCUGUUGCGCCUGGUUGUCACCCGUCACCACCUCCAGGCCUACCUGGGCCUGGCCGAGCGCUGGGUGGAGCAGAUGAGGAAGGAAGCCGGGCGCAUCGCUGUCCUGGAGAUCCAGCGCAAGAUCACCAGGAUCUACUGCUACGUCUCCGUGGUCAGCCUGCAGUACCUGGGACCCAUCAUCCUCACCCUCCACUGCACGCUGCUCCUCAAGACACUGGGGCACCACUCCUGGGGGCUGUACCCGGAGCCCCCUCCAGUCCCUCCAGCAGCAAUGGUGGCACCACCACGUCCCAGCGGUGAGGAUGGGGAGGAGGUCCGGGCGGCGGUGGAGCAGAUCACGGGCAUCUUGGGCGGCAUCUUCACCCCCCUCUUCUUCCGUGGACUCUUCGCCUUCCUCACCUGGUGGGUGGCCGCCUGCCAGGUGGUCACCAGCCUCUUCGGCCUCUACUUCCACCAGUACCUGGCAGCCUCCUAAUUUUGGGGGGGAAGUGGAGCUGGGACGUGCCUCAGGGUUGGGGGGGACAGUCGCUGCCCGGCUGCUGGUCCCCCCUUUGCUGGUUUCCCCGCUUUGCACGUGCUGGUGGCACACGUGGAUGCACACGUGGGGGACAUUCCUGCCACCAGCUCUUGGCAUGAUGGGUUUUAUGCCUCUGGGCUGGUGUGGGCAUCACCCACUCCUGCCACCCAUCACCACCGUGCCUGCUCCCGCCGCUCCAGGCUGCGUCCCUCCGGCCCCUCUCCCCCUUCCCAGCCCCAUGGGGUGAUGGAGGAGCUGCAGCCCCACAGCUGGGCUCGCUGUCCCCUGCUCUUAGCCAUGGGGACA